AAAGCAAAUCUCCUUUUUUGCUUGUUCGCUCGCUACUUGAUUGUCCGGAAGGAUUACUGGAUUUGGAUUUUUACCGCCUUUUAAUCAUCAUCGUCGUCAUCAGCUUCAUCGACAUCAGGAAAGCGCAUCGCUUGCUCGACUCCCCUUCUUGUUGUAUAUCGACCGCGACAAUCCCCAAUUCGUUCAUAACCCAACCAUCCAACCACCAACCACAAUCAUUUACACAGACGUUCUUGCUUGCUAGCAAACCCUCACACUCAUUUAUCCCAAACAAAUCCAACGAACACCUUCGAAGGGAAAGAAACAAGACACAACACAGGAAAAAAAAAAGAAACCAUGGAGUGUUUUCGGCAGCUAGGUCGACUGAUUAAGGCCCCGUUCAAGCGCGAGAAGCCGCAGCCGCGGGUGCUGGAGAUUGGUCCCCCUACCAACUUUCGGAAGGAGGAAAUGCCUUCGUUUUUCCCGGACGAUGAUGCCGCGACUCUGCACAGUCGGGGAUCGACCUUGGAAAAGGAAAAGGAUAUCGCCAUCGCGGCCAUCGAACGGCAACAGUCGACACGGGAUAAGAUCAAGACGCAUGUUCGGCGAUUGAGUCGGACAGCCGCGGCGCCAAGGCCGUUGGCGGAACAGGAGGAAUGAACGUCCAUACUUCCUCCUGAGAAACAUCAUCAACGACGAUAGUGAUGACGAAGACGACGACGACAACCCGCCUUCAAUAAGGGGAAAUUUUCGGUGCCCACCU